AAUAUAAUAUUUUGCACUAACAACGCUAGCACUAAGCAUAAGCAAAAGCGAAGCACUUUAUAUUGCUAUUGCAGCAAAGCAAGUCCAAGUCCAGUUAAACUAGAAACUAGAAAGUUAUUUAAUUAGAAAUCUCAAUAACAGUAUUAUUAUUAUAUUUACUUUUAGUACAAGUUCAAAUGUUAUUAUUUAAGUUAGUUCCUUGUCCUUGAGAUAUUAAAUAUUGUAAACAUAAAAGAUAAAAAGAGUCGAAUGUGGGUUUUGAGACCUAUGUAUACUUUUGACUUCUAAACUUAAACACUGAAACGGAAGUUGGUAGUUUCUAUCGUUGUUGCCUCCAUUAAUGGUGCUAAGAUCUUUGAUUGUAAUAAUUGCUGCAAAAAUAAGGUGCACUUUAAAAUUCAAAAUAGAAUAGAACAUCUUAAGGAGACGCAGCAGCAGCAGCAACUAUGACCCAUAUAAGUGACAGUGAGAUGGAAGUUCAUGAUCCAAUUCAACCGAGUACUGGCAUCAACAAACGAACCAAUUUUGAUGACAAUGACAACUUUGAGGGAACACUAACUGAUGAUAGUUUCGAUGAUACGCCUCUAAUAAUACACGGAAAUGUUGAAGAUGGGGAAUUCCCAAAGGCACGUCACAUCUUUGGCUUCAUGGGCUUCCUGGGAUUCGCAGUUGUCUAUGCAAUGCGUGUUAAUUUGUCCGUUGCAAUUGUUGCAAUGGUCAAUCAAACAGCAAUACCUCACACAAAUAUCACCAUCAAAGACGCAACGUGUCCGGCAGACGCGUGGCGUAACAGCACCGAACCUGAAACUGAAGGUGAAUUCGAAUGGGACGAAGCUACACAGGGUAUAGUUUUGGGUUCUUUCUUCUAUGGAUAUAUUUUGACACAAGUUCCUGGCGGUCGUAUGGCCGAAAUUGUUGGAGGCAAAAUAAUUUACGGUGUUGGAGUCCUAAUUACGGCGAUAUUCACUUUAUUGACACCGUUUGCUGCACGUUGGAAUCUUCCAGCUUUGGUAUGGGUUCGUGUUUUAGAAGGAAUGGGUGAGGGGGUAACGUAUCCAGCAAUGCAUGCAAUGUUGGCACAUUGGAUUCCUCCAACAGAGAGGAAUAAAUUCGCUGCUAUUGUCUAUGCUGGUUCGAAUAUUGGUACAGUUAUAUCACUUCCACUCGCCGGUUGGUUGUGUUCUUUAGAGUUCCUUGGCGGAUGGCCACUUGCAUUCUAUAUAUUCGGCGUGAUUGGAAUGAUUUGGUUUUGCUUCUGGAUGUGGUUGGUGUAUGAUCGUCCCAGCUCCCAUCCAAGGAUUUCCUAUAAGGAGCGCAACUAUAUCGAACGAGCUGUAAAGCCGAGAAGAAAUAAUGGCGAUAGUCUUGUUGACGAUGCUCACGAUCCAGAAGACAUUCCAUGGACGUCAAUUCUUACUUCGGUUCCACUGUGGGCAAUUUUGAUAACACAAUGCGGACAGGGUUGGGCUUUUUACACCCAACUAACAGAGCUUCCAACUUACAUGGACCAAAUUCUUCAUUUUGACAUCGAAUCGAAUGCCACUCUAAAUGCCAUUCCCUAUCUCACAUCAUGGAUUGUGGGUAUCCUGUGUUCAAUCUUAGCCGACUGGAUGCUGGAGAAGAACUACAUCAGCUUACUGAACUCCUACAGACUAUGGAAUUCAGUGGCUUCGAUAGUUCCAUCGCUGGGUUUGAUUGGCGUAGCCUACGUUGGUUGUAAUUGGAUUUGGGUGAUGUUUAUGUUGGCUGUAGUUGGAGCAUUCCAAGGAGCAGUCUAUGCCGGCAAUCAAUUGAAUCACAUCGCCCUGAGUCCCAAAUAUGCUGGCACAAUGUAUGGUAUUACAAAUUCCACAGCAAAUAUUUGUGGCUUCCUGGCGCCCUAUGUCAUCGGCUUGAUUAUAAAUGGAAACGAAACCCUAGCACAAUGGCGAAUUGUUUUUUACAUGGCUGCUGCAUUUAAUAUAGGUGGGAAUUUCUUUUAUUUAUUAUUUGCUAGCACAGAGGAACAAAGCUGGUCUCUCAAUCGAAGGAGACGAAUUCGGAGCGACUGAGAAUUAGAGUUGUCUUCCAUUUUAUUGUAAGUUAUUUAAAUUUAUAGGACUAUGAAGUAGAAUUUUAUAAAAAUGUUUGUUUUUUUGUUAUAAUUUGUUUAUUUUAUUUUGUUUUGUUUUAUUUAAUUUUUGUUUUGUUUAGAAAAUAUAAGAAUUGCAAUUGAAUAUGUGAUAUGAAAAAAAACUUAAACCAUUCCAGUGAUGUCAAUUGCUUGAAUGCGUUGUUAAAUGUUAGAAAAUAGAAAUUCGAAAAUUCUUUUGUAUAGGUUUUGUUUGAGAGUAAUUUCAAAGAGAUCGAGAUAUGUAAUAUUUCCUUAAAGCACAACAGCUCUUUUUAAAAAACAAUGGAUUCCUUGUAUCGAAAACGCGUAUAAUUAUUAAAUUAAAAUAAUUAAUAUUAGCAGCUUAAAAGUAUGUGUAUGUAUUUUUAUAGGUAUUAAUUUAUUACCUAACAUUUAAUUGGUUCAUGUGCUAUGUUUGUAGAACAGCUUAUCUUGCCUAUGAAUCUUUUCACAACUAUUUGUGUCAAGUUUAUUUAUAAUAUCGUUUAAUAAAAUAUAAAAAAAUAAAAUUUGGAUUAUAUUAAAGCUUCAUCGUAGUUAGAGUAGAAAAAUUGUUAUUAAAUUGCUAAAUUUGUUAAAAGUUUGUGUUAUAAAAUAAAACCCUCGAGUUGUUAAUGAUCUCUUAUAAAUUAAAUUCUUAAAAAACACGCAGUAUCUCGAACUGAAAUUACUAUUAUUAAUGAAAACUAUUCAAAAAAUCUUCGCUUGUAAAUAAUUUUCCUUAAUCAAUAAUAUAAGUAUGUAUAAUGUAGGUUAUGAAAGACAAAUAAUAAAUCAGACAUCACGAUGUUGUACUAAAGAAACUAUUUAUCCUUAAACAAAAAUAAAUUUAAAUUUAAAAAAAAAUAUUUUACACAAGAAA